AUGCUCCGAUACACAAACGUCACACUGUCCGCAAUGCAGGGGCAGAGUGAGAAGGCCCUAGUCAAGCCGAUUGCCAAGUCGUUCCGGCGCAACAGGAAUGCUGGGCUAGACUCCUCGUGCACCAGCAUAACGCUUACGAAUCCACAGGGGAGGCUACCAGUCCAUAACGCUACUUAUGAGGAUGUACCACCAUAUAAAGUUGCGAGGCAUGGAGCCAAACAAUUGCCGAAAGCUCGAGCUGUGUUCCUGCUUGCUGUUGCAGCCACUGCAGUGGCAUACAUGAUUUCACUUUGUGCGUCUAAGCUCAGCAAAAGAAGAUGGAAUGAAGGAGGAAACAGGAUUCUUGCUGCUGCGAUAGAGCAUGACUUCGCAGUGGACUGCACAUCCAUUAGAAACGCUGCCUUUAUGCGGCCAUGGCGUGACGGACAAGAAGAGACGGAGUUACUUGAGCGGGCUUCUGCCAUCGUAGCUUCCUUUGAGAGUCUCGUGAAGCCCAAUGAAUCUGCCCUUCUGAGCCUUCCCGUGAGAGCGCGUCACAGGGCCGUUUCUCUUCUUGUGAGCUUGGUUGUCGUGGAGAUUUCCGCAUUGUCGGUAGUGGUAGAGAGCCAUUUGAAGCCCGCUUCAAAGCGCGUCACCCAAGACCUUCUCCAGCUGGCAUCACGCGUAUCGUUCACCAUCCCAAGAAAAUGCAUGAAAUGGGCGCCGCGUCAUUAUUACUACCUCGUGCUGGCCCUGAGUAAACUUGGGUUAGCACAACCUUACCUUUGCCCGCUGCCUCGACCCGAACGCUUGCGAAAGCUACGUGAGUUGCUUCAGCUGCAGGAAGCUGUGAUGAGGAAAGUGCGUCCCGUAUUUGAAAUAAUCGAUAGUCCAGUUGGCUUUGCCAGUGCAGAAGCUGCACAGAAGUUGGACUCAGCUUUGAGCUCCCUUUCCAAUCUCGUCUGCAUCCGCAAAAACCAGGUCCUGAGGGAUCCGGUCCUACGUUACUGGCUACUCAAGCACGAAGGUCCCUCGAGGCAUUCACCAAUCGUUCCAAGGUCGUACUGCCAUUUCAUUCUGCAGCAGCCUCAGCAAGGCUUUGAGGAACUUCUAGAAGAGCUGGCCCAUCCUGUACCACUAUGCGUCAACACAACGCGGACAGAGAUACGCAGAGACUGUGAAAGUACUGGUCGCACUGCAGAGAGAGAGACGGGUAGGCAACCUUCUCGACGGCCAGCCAGAAGCGCUUCUAGAGAGACGGAUGGCUCACACGCUUAUCAUCGCCCAAGUGGCACAGUUCUUCGUCGAAGCCGAGAAGUGACUCAACAGAGCCAAGAAAGGACUCAACAAAGCCUUCCUCAUCACCAAGGCUCGAGCUUGCCGAGUAGUGCAGUUGAGCGUUCCCUUUACCGUAAACUGAUCGGCUACGCUGAAGAAGCCCUCAAUGCAGGUCAUAUCUAUCCAAGCGGUAGCAGUCCAGCAGAAUUACUGCAAAAAACUGUGCCGCUGCCUCCCCAAUUUCCCGCAAUUCCAAAAAAAGCGGACCCUUUGGUCUCCUUUCCAUCUGGCUGGCCACUUUCCCAGAUAAUUCAGACGCAACCGAAGGAUUUACGGAUUGCCCGCAACAGUGAUUCAUCCUGCAACAAGGUGCCGUUUCAGCAUGCGCUGUGGCCGCCUCCGGCUCCUUUGCAGACUCCUUUUCUGCAAAGGAGCCAACAAGCACAAUCAAGUGCACCCUCCACUACUUCAAAAGCGCCAGGUGCCCACAGAAUUUCCCGAAAAUUUCGCGGCAUUGCUGAAGGAGAACCAGGUGAAAGGUAG